AUGGAGAACAAAUCCAUAGAGGCUUGGCUGGCGGAAACUGAAGACAUCCCAUCUGACCCUGAAUCAGAGGACGACGAAGAUCAAGUAUACCCGGAUGUUGCUGAAGGAAUAUACACAGUUGCAGAAAAUGGAAUCUUAGAGGUAGAUUAUUUGGACCUAGCCCAAACAGCUGAAGGUAAUGAAAUCCCGAUUUUAAUUAUUAAUGAAAAUGACUUUCAAGAUAAUCAUAGUGCAGAGGGGGUAGAGCCUGGCAUUCCCGAAGGUAAUGCAGUCUUGGACGUUCAAAAUCAGCCUAUGGACGUUCAAUUUGAUGAGGACUCUGAGCCUUUGGCUAACAGACUUUACAAAGAUAGUGUUACGUGGUAUCAAAAGUACUACUCACCCAAUAAGUCGUAUGAUUUCAAUGAACGCACAGGUCCCCUAAUUGACGCUUCAACCCCAGUUGAUGUGUUUUCAGCUCUUUUUCCCGACGAUCUAGUUGACAAACUUGUGUUUGAAACCAAUGUUUACGCUACCCAAAUAGGUGGGGGCGUUAUCAGAUUUCCAACAACAAGGAAAGAAAUGAAAGUGUUUCUAGGCCUAAAUAUCCUAAUGGGAAUAAAAAAACUUCCCUCCUACCGUGAUUACUGGUCUUCAGAGGCAGAUUUGAGAGAUGACUACAUAUCUUCAUACAUGUCUGUGAACAGAUUUGGCUGGCUUUUAACAAAUUUACAUAUAAACAAUAAUAAUGACAUGCCCGAACGAGAUUCUCCUCAUUAUGACAAACUAUAUAAGAUCAGGCCUCUCCUAAACAAGCUUCAAGAAACCUACAAAGCAUGCUAUGCUCCAUCUCGAUUUCAAUCAAUUGAUGAGAGCAUGAUUCCAUUCAAAGGUCGGAGUGGAAUCAAGCAAUAUAUGCCAGAUAAGCCAACCAAACGUGGGUACAAAGUUUGGGUGAGGGCUGAUGAAAAAGGCUUUAUCAGCCAAUUUCAAAUCUACGAAGAGUGUUUGCCUGAAGGGAAACAUAUGAAUCAAGGAGAACAUGACUUCAUGUCAACUAUGACUGGAAUUGUAGCUGUCGAAUGGAAAGACAAGAGAGGUAUCUACUUUCUUUCUAAUUACCACAAUCCUAACGAAGUGACAACUGUAAACAGAAAACAGGCAAACGGUGAAAUUGUAGCUGUUCCAUGCCCUAUAUUAGUAAAGGACUACAAUGCUCACAUGGGCUAUGUCGAUAAGGCAGACAUGUUGAAAUCUACCUACUCAAUAGAUCGCAAGUCCAAAAAGUGGUGGCACAGAAUCUUCUGGCACUUUCUGGACACAACCAUAGUAAACUCUUUUAUCAUAUUUUCAAUGCUAUCCCAGGGAAAACCACUGACACUAAAAGAGUUUAGGAGAAGCGUGUCAAAAGCCCUUCUGGGAGUACCUCGUGGAGAAACUAGAGGAAGACGAAGUUCUUCAACUCCAAUCAACAACUACAAACCAAAGGUUCCACAAGAACUUCGUUUUACGGAAAAUGCACACAUGCCAGUAAGAGGAACGUCUCGACGUUGUGCUCAAUGCUCCAGCAAAGAAGAAGUUCAUCGGUCGAAAUGGCGUAUGCCUGAUGUCGAACCAAAGUACAGACUCAAGAAGAGAAGUCAAGAAUGUGACAGCGUAAGGUUCCUAACGCUGCACUAA